CCCCCCCCGUCCCCCCGUAUACCAUUGUCAAACUCCUACUAGGUGACUGUGACUAAAUAAGCAGCUACCCUAGUUUAGUCUCACAGUCAUCAUCAAAUUUGCUAGAUUUAUGUUCCUUAGAUUGCAUUCAUUAAUUUCUGGGCUUUAUUUGUGAAACCCCAGAAAAUUUGUCGACUUUUCUUGAAUUAAUUUGAGCUAUAACUUCGUGGGGUUGGUGAAAAAUGGCAGGUUGUUUUUCAGUUAUUAGGUUAUCUCACUUUACAACUCCGAAAAAUGAAAUCUUUACAACUAGGUCCGUUGAAGAUUCAAACUUUACGUUUGUUAAGAUCCAAGAUUUUGUGGGUACAAGCAAAAGUGGUUAUUUGGUUUGUAAGAACAAUUACAAGUCAAGAUUCUUGGUCAAGAGUUCAUUGAAUCCCCAAGAGGGUAAUUCAAUAUCUGGUGUUAGUGUAAAAACAGUACUCAAAGAGAAUAAUAAUAUUUCUCCUGAUAAUGGUGAUGGUGGAAAUGGGAAAUAUCCUGGUGGUGGGGGUAGGGGUGGUGGGGGAGGGGACAAUGGGGAAGGUGAUAAGGAAGAAGAGGAAUUUGGGCCAUUACUGAAGUUUGAGGAUGUGAUGAGAGAGGCAGAGGCUCGUGGGGCAACACUUCCUGCUGAUAUGAUAGAGGCUGCAAAGAGUGUUGGGAUCAGAAAGCUACUUCUGCUUAGAUAUUUGGACUUGCAGGGGUCAGCUUGGAUGGGAGCUGCAAUGAGGUCAUGCUCUAUGCUGCGGAAUAGAAUGUUGGCCGAUCCAUCAUUUCUUUUCAAAGUUGGAACUGAGAUAGUUAUUGAUACGACUUGUGCAACUGUUGCGGAAGUUCAAAAGAGAGGCAAAGAUUUUUGGGCGGAAUUUGAACUAUAUGCUGCAGAUAUGUUGGUCGGGGUUGCUGUCAAUGUAGCUCUAGUUGGGCUGCUAGCACCAUAUGCUCGAAUUGGGCAACCGUCUGUAUCUCAAGGGUUUGUUGGUCGUAUGCAGAGAGCUUAUGGAGCGCUUCCAAGCAGUGUUUUUGAAGCCGAAAGGCCAGGGUGUAGAUUUACAGUGAAUCAGAGAAUUGCUGCUUAUUUUUAUAAGGGCAUUCUUUAUGGAUUCGUGGGGUUUGGAUGUGGUAUCAUUGGCCAAGGAAUUGCAAAUAUGAUAAUGACUGCCAAGCGGAGCGUCAAGAAAUCAGAGGAUGAUGUUCCUGUUCCACCUCUUGUAAAGAGUGCAUUACUUUGGGGUGUUUUCCUCGGUGUUUCUUCCAAUACCAGGUUACAGAUUGUAACCGGGUUAGAACGUCUGGUGGAAUCCUCUCCGGUAGGAAAGCAGUUUCCGCCUGUUGCAAUGGCAUUCACAGUUGGUGUGCGAUUUGCCAACAAUAUAUAUGCAGGAAUGCAGUUCGUGGAUUGGGCGAGGUGGAGCGGUGUGCAGUAAUUGCAUCUUUGUGCUUCUUUUCUCUUUCGGCCAUUCUCGGGGGGUCGACACUGGUUCUGCACUUACCCCCAACUUGGCUCGAGACCGAGGCCUAAUUGGUUGGAGAUGGAGGUGACUUAUCACUGAGCCAACUCGCCUCGUCAGUUGUUUGUGCUUCUAAUUUAAUAAUUCCAUCUUUGUUGUAUUCUAGUUGUUGAUUAGAGUUUUUAUUAGACCAAUAACAAAAACUUUUUUGCCCUUAGGGCUAUGGUUUAGUGGUAAGAGUGCAGCAUGUGAUGUCCGAGUCAGGUGCAUGUCACCCGUUCACAUCAUUUUACUCCUUGAUUCUAACUGCAGUAUAAUUUGGAUGUUACUAAAAUAAUUCACCGUUGAAAAUCAAUUUGUAGAUAACUUUAUGUUUGAUUGAGUAUAACAGUGAACAGUAGCUACA